GGAAAGUAGAUUUCCACUAAUAGUUGGUGCGUUGUAACCCCACAGUUGGAUUGGCUCGUACUUUAUCCCAGGAUUGAUGUUAUUCUGGGUAGUCAAGCUGUUGUCCUCGCAGAGGUUGGACGUGCCUACUAACGAAGAGUAAUUCGUGUCGCAUUUAUGCAAUAUCGGAACUUGGACGAGUCCAUUGUUGACAGUGGGCGGGGAAGUAUAAAAGAAAGUGUGACCUACGCAGCUUGGCUACCGUCCCUUGUUGUAAGUAUAUUUCAAAUGUAUUUAUAAAAAAUACUCUUGAUUAUGACAACUAGUGCAGCCCAUAUCUUGUGUAUUUAAAUUUACACAUAUUGGAGGAAACAUCUUCAUAUUUAUUUUAGUUGUAUUUGUCAUCGAAUACUUCUGGAUUAAAUAGUUUCUUGCCAACAUGGCCUGUAUAAAGCAGCCUGUUAAUUGUUUGACAGAAGAAGAAUUAAGAUCAAUCCCGGGUAUUAGCAGUAGACUGGCAUCGACUAUUGUUGAUGUCAGAAACAGGUUUGGAAACUUAACGGCAGAAUCGUUCCAAACAUUGACGCGUCAAUCACUUUCAGAAAGUCUGACACAGUUGUUAGAUUUUACACCCAACAGGCAGCUGGGGAAAGAUCGAUCCCAACAAUCGCCUAAUAUAACGUUAGGCGCUAUUCCUAAGAAAAUUAUGGGCCCCAUACCAGAAUCACCUAAAGUCGAGAAACAAGCGGAUGGUGAUGCCUCAGAGAAGUUGGUUUCAGAAAUAGCACAGUGGGAAGACGUCCAGGAGGUCCUAUCGACUGCUAAAAAACUAGUUGCAGCCAAAAAACAAGGUGACUGCAGCGCAUUUAGCGAGUUUUUAACAAAUGCGCAACAACAACUGCACUUUGUUAAAGACAAUCUUCGCCGCCGUGAGGAUAGCGACGAUGAUUUGGAAUCCUCAUCCGGAAUUCCAAAGAGAAAGAAUGCACGAGAUAAGGUGUACAGGAAGAAGGUUACACACCACACUGUCACAGGAAGGGGUGUGUCAUCAGAAGAGGAGGAUCAACCGAUUCUUCACAGAACGAGUAGUGCUAUUGCCUACUCAAACAAUCUGCCAGCUAGUAAGCUACCUCAACCAGUACUUGGCAGCGACGGGACUCCGUUUCAAAGAGGGCAGCCAUUUUCAAGAUCGGCUUUGCGGGAUAUUCCCAAGAAUCUGGUGUAUGAUGGCAAAUCACGGUGGCAAUCAUUUCACAUGAAGUUCGAGCAGUACGCACGGUCUUUUGGGUGGACUGCAGAAGAAUGCAAGAUGUGCCUAUUGCACUGUCUGUCAGGGACAGCACUGGAUUAUUGCGCCCGAAUAAUGAAAAGAAAUCCUGAAGUGCCAUAUAGAAUUUUGUUAAAUAAGCUGGAAGGGAGGUUUGGCGCUGAGCUUGCGGAAUCUGCUCAAGCUAAAUUUGCCACAGAGAUACAAAAGAAAGGCGAAACAAUGGAGGACUGGGGAGAUCGAGUACAAGCCCUUGCUUCUGAAGCUUUCCGUGACUUACCGGAAUCCUUCUGUAAUCAGCAAGCCAUUGAUAGAUUUUGUCAAGGCUUAAUAGAUAUUGAUGCUGGACAUAACACUUUUAUGAAAAGACAUCAUACUAUUGAAGCCGCCAUGAAUGAUAUUAGGCUGUUUCAGCACUCUAAGGGUGCUAUGUUAGGUUGUCGUACUAAAGUUACACAAACAGCUAUAGACUAUAAUGACACAAAUGCUUACAUAUGUUCUGUACAAUCACAUUCAGACAAAGAAUCUAUCACUGACUUAAGCACAUUGCAGAAAGAAUUAAUUAAAAUAAAAGAACAACUCAAUGAAUUAGCUGUAGGUCAAAAAAGAAGGCCAUGGAGAAACAACAGGACACCAUCUAGGUUGAAUGAACGGAAAUGCUUUGCAUGUGAUGAAACGGGUCAUUUUGUUUCAAAUUGUCCUUAUAAACAGGAGAUUUUAAACUUAAAAGGGUCCAGUUAGAGAGCCAAGGCUGGUCCCAGGUCGAAGUAGGCUCAAAUAACUUGAUAGAUUACUGUAACCUGUAUAGUACUGAUGAGAAAGGCUGCAAAGCAUUUUUGGUCAGUGCAAGUGGUAAACAGCCACGGUCCUUUAAGGAGGAUGACGUGGGUUUACAAAGUA